AUGGCCAAGCGGCACUACGAUCAAGCGCGCGAGGCGACUGCGCGCGCGCAGAGCUUCGAGCGCGCGGGCCACGCGGUGCAAGCGCUGCCGCUGCUGGAGCAGGCGCUGCGUAUCUUCCAGCGCCUGGCGCUGGUCGAGUCGGCGGCGCAGCGCUCGCAGCUGCAGCAGACGAUCGCCGAGUUACAGACGCGCGUCGAGACGUUGCAGCGCUCGAGCGACGUGUUGAUCCACGCGGCGAUGGAGUUGCACGCGCUGGCCAAGGAAACCGAAGCGAGUCGACCUCUGGAUCGUGAUAUCAUCAUUGAGAGGUACAUCGCCACGGCCGACACGUACCUGAAGGCGCUGAACGCGCUGCCGUCGAGCGCCAUAGCAGCCAAAGCCGCUGUCCAGACGCAGCUCGAGUACGUGAUCGAAUACGUGUCGAAGCUCAAGAAUCUGGACGAGCCACCGCAAGUGCACAAGCAGCAGGAGGACGUGCAGUCGACACGGCAAAAGGCGCCACCGCCGCAGGAGAAGGCGGCGGUCGUGCCGCUGGCCGGUGGACAAGUUCUGGACAGAGAGCAGCAGACAGAGCCGGAGGAGAGCACUCUGUACACGCCGUUGGAACUUCAUGUGCUCCGUCGGUCGUCGCUGAUCAACGGCCACUUGUUUGUGCCGUGGUUGGAUGAUUUGGACGCGCUGGAAAACUUUUAUCUGCCGCAGGUGUUUGACGACCCAGACGGACUCUUGUCGCUGUCGGCAAAGCAGCAGAAAACGAGCGUCGUGUGGAUGCGACCAAGUGAUUAUGAAGCCAAGUGCGGCCAUGCUGCAGUGAUGAUCGCACAGGGAGGGUUGAACCCGCUGGUGGUGAAGCAAGACGUUGUCACCGACUGCUCCUUUGUGGCCUCGCUGUGUAUUGCAGCAGCCUAUGAACAGCGAUUCCGGAAGCGCUUGAUCUCGAACAUUAUCUUUCCGGCUGAUCCGGAGACGAACCAGCCAGUGUACAAUCCUUCUGGGAAGUACGUUGUCAAGUUGUGGGCAAACGGUGUGCCUCGAAAAGUAGUCAUUGACGACUUGCUGCCGGUCAGUGCUGCUUCAGGGCAACUGCUGUCAAGCUGUACGACACGCAAGAACGAGCUGUGGGUCAGUCUCAUUGAGAAGGCGUACCUGAAACUGAACGGCGGGUACGACUUUCCGGGUGGCAACUCUGGGAUCGACUUGUUUGCACUUACAGGAUGGAUCCCGGAACGCGUGUCCGUCGCUGAGCUCGUCGACGCACCAGACAAAGAAGAGCGGUUAUGGGAGCAGCUCAAGAGCGCAUUUCACUAUGGAGACUGCAUCAUUACACUAACCACAGAAGACCUUCCAAAGCAAGAGGCCAAAGCGAUCGGAUUAGUGCCGAUGCACGUUUAUGCGGUUCUCGACGUGUACGAGGUUGCUGGUCCCGAUUCAGUUGCCGGUUCCUCUAAAGAUGGCGAAAAGACUAGGUUGCUGCUGGUCAAAAAUCCUUGGCGCAAGAUGAGUUGGAAAGGCCCUUAUUCGUGUCACGACACGGCGCGAUGGAACAGUCCUAUCGGCGACGAGCUGCGGGCGUACCAGCGACGAUUCUACGCUACUGAGGAAAGCGAAACCGCGGAAGAGCGACCAGACGACGGGCUGUUUUGGAUCGACUUUGAGUCAGUGGUACGGUACUUCGAAAGUCUGUACAUGAACUGGAACCCUGAGCUGUUCCCGUACAAAAGCGUGUACCAUGAGCACUGGCCUGUGGAGCUUGGACCGGUGAACGACUCGCUCACGCUCGGAUUCAAUCCGCAGUACUUGCUCACAUUCUGCAAGAAUUUGAGGGCCGACGACAGAAAGACUGAAGCAAGCGGUUCGUGCACCGUGUGGGUCUUACUAUCGAGGCAUGUGAGUGCGAUCGAACGCGACCGAGACUGUCCGAACCAGCAGUAUCUCACGCUACACGUUUAUCGAGGUCAAGCGAAAAAACGCGUAUUCUACAACCAAAACGCAAUAUCGCGAGGAACAUACAGCAAUAACCCUCACGCGCUUGUCAGCCUUGACCUGGACUUGACAAAAGACUGCGAGCCAUCCUUCACGCUUGUGGCUUCGCAGUACGAAAAGUUUGCAGCUCUUGACUACACAUUAUCGAUCUUUUCCACGCGGCCGUUCACUUGCGAGUCUAUCCCCCAGUUGGCGACGACCGCACCUGCUUCACUUGUGAUCCCGGGCGCCUGGGAAUUGUCCAGCGCUGGCGGCCGCCCGUUUUACUCGACAUUCAUGGCCAACCCGCAGAUCCAUUUGCAGCUACAGAAGCAGUGUCGUUCGAUUUAUUUGUUUCUCGAGACUGAGGCGUUUUUUACCAAGGAGCCCACGGAUGCCAGCUUUCCUGUCAACUUACGCGCUGCGUUGCACGUGCGCGAGCGAGUCUGUAAUCCGCAUGCAGAGAACCCGACGCCAGAGACCCGAGCACCGUUAAUGGUACUGAGCUCUGGCGAAUAUCAGCCAGGGUUUUGUUUCAUCGAGAUCGAUGCUUCCCUUGCUGCAGGUUUGCAUGACAUCGUGCUGAUCCCAUCUACCUUCGAGCAAGGGGUCAUUGGCAAGUUUACACUGCGAGUUGUAAGCGACCCACCUUCAGGCACGAGUAUCGCCUACCGCGAACUACCCCCUGAAGGAGACGGUAUGCAGCUCACUCGACUGCGUGGCAAGUGGGACCUCCAAGCCGGUUCUGCGGCUGGUUGCUCGACAUAUGGCCGCUACACGUUCAACCCAAAGUACUUGCUGCACGUGACGCAGGAGUGCGAGCUGCUAGUCCGAUUGUUGGUGCUGGAGCCAGAAACAGAAACGGACGAACCAUCGGACGAAUCUAUGACAAAAGUCAUUGCUGCUGUUCUGUCUAUCAACGUAUCUGUGUUCGAGAGCACACCGAACGGUACCUUGUUGCUCUCCACGACCCCCGAAGUUGCAUAUGCGGGUGCCACUUCAGCGCACGGUACGUAUGUCGAUGGAGCUCCUAGCGGUGUGCUUGCCAAAGCCUCUCGACCGUUCGCACCGGGAUGGUACAUCGUACUCCCGUCAACGUCCGAGCCACAGGAGUUGCACUACGAGCUCCGCUUGUACGCAUCUACCCACGUUGACGUGCGCUGUCUCUAG